AUGAAAGUAGAGAUUGUUGCACGCCAAUUGAGUAACUUAAUUUCCUAUAAAAGCAUUUUGGAAAAUCUGAAAAACGAAGUCAAGAAUUUGCAACGAAAAAGACAAAGGGUGCAAGAAAAUCUUAUUUGGGAUUCUGAGAAACUCCAAGCUAAAAGUAAGUGGUUAAAAAGAAUUGAUGAAUUUUUUGGACAAGUGAAUGUAUUUGUGAACUACUAUGAAGGAAAAUGUUCUUGCACAAAUUUCCUAUGGUGGUACAAUGUUAAUAAACAAGCAAGAAAGAUGACGCAAGAAAUGUUCCAAUUACAAGAAGAAGGUAAUAUGUAUUUGUUAAUGAAACCACCAAAUUAUUACAAGGCCCCAAAAGCAAGAGCGGAUACAAUAAAUGAUAUUGUGGAGGCCCUGAAGGACCCUCUUAUCCAAACAGUUGGAGUAUGGUGGUUGGGUGGUGGAGACACAACCUUACUAGCCAAACAGGUUGGAGACCAAGCGAAAAAAGAAGAACAGAACUUGUUCAAAGUGGUUAUCAUAGAUGUAGCUGAGAAGCCAAGCUUUGAACAAGUUCAAAAAGGUAUUGAAGCUAUAUUGGGUCUCCAGUUUAAUGGGGAAAUGCAUGUAGAAAGAAGAAAUAAAUUGCGUCUUAGAAUAAAGAAAGAGAAAAGGAUUCUUAUCAUCAUUAAUGAUAUGUGUGGAGAAUUGAAUCCUCAAGAAUUUGAUUUGGAUGAAAUUGGAGUUCCUUUGGGUGAUGAACAUAAGGGGUGUAAAUUGUUGCUAAUAUCAAAAAGUUUGGAUUUCAUAAAAAAUUUGAUGGGUGCUCCUAAGGCUAAGGUGUUUCAACUAGAAGUGUUGCUAGAAGAAGAGGCCCAGAGCUUGUUUGAAAAGAUGGUUGGAGGCAUUGCUCAAGAUUCUGAGGCAAGUUCCAUAAUAACUGAAAUAGUGAGAAGUUGUGAAGGUUUAGCUCUUGCACUUUUUGCUAUAGCCAAGGUAUUAGAAAAGAAAGACCUGCAUGCUUUGCAAGAUGCCUUAACGCAGUUAAAGGAACAUGUUGCACCAAUAAGACUAUGUUACAAUAGUUUAGAGAGUGAAGAACACAAAUUCUUGCUCUUGAUUCUUACCAUCAGGGGGAGGAGAGUCGUGAACAAGUAUAGUAUAUAUAGAGACAUGUGGGAAGGUUUAUUAAAAAAUCUUGGUACAUUAGAGGGUGCAAGAAGUAGGUGUGAUUCAUUAAUUAAUGAUCUUAAGGCCCAUGGUCUUCUAGUUGAAGAUGAAUAUGAAAAUGUCAAAAUAAAUGACUUGAUAUGGCACACUGCUUAUUCAAUAGCUCAAAGUGAUCUAAAAGCUUCAAUAAUUUCUACAGAAUGGCCACCUGAAGAAUGGUUGAGAAGUUUAUGCUUCUGCAACAUGACUAUAGUGAGUGGUGCGCAGGUUCCUGAAAGGUUGCAAUGUCCAGAAAUGCAAGAGGUUAUACUAAGCACUGACAAUCCAUCAAUGCAGGUUCCAAAUUCAUUUUUUGAUGAAACUAAACUUCUGAAAGUAUUAGAACUUAUUGGUUUUGACUGUUCAAAACUACCUUUUAGUUUUGGUUUGUUAAAGAACCUUCAAGCAUUAUCCAUGUACAAUUGCAAAUUGGGAGACAUAACUAUAGUUGGUGAGCUCACAAACCUACAAAUUCUUGUCUUUUUUGGAAGUAGAAUCCAACAAUUGCCUAGACAAAUUGGUCAGCUUCAGAAGUUACUAAUCUUGGAUUUAAGAGACACAUAUCUCCAAGUGAUUCCAUCCAAUGUCCUGUCAAACUUGACUAGUUUAGAAGAAUUAUAUUUGAGAAACUCCUUUUGCAAUUGGGAGGUUGAAAGAUCCAAUAGUGAAAACAGAAAUGCAAGCUUGAAAGAGCUAAUAAACUUGCCUCACUUGGCUUACAUAGAAGACUUGUUUAUUCCUGAUCCUCAAGCAUGGCCAAUGGACCAGAACUUUGAAAAACUUAAAUCAUACACGAUUUUCAUUGGGGAUAGAUGGGGUGAGACUCAUGAUGGUGAUCAUGGGUUAAAAACAAUGAAACUCGAGCUCAAGCGAAGGUUGCAAUUGGAGGAUGGGAUUAAAAGGAUGAUGAAAAAUGUUGAAGUCUUAUACUUAGAUGAACUAAAUGGUGUCCAAAAUGUUCUCAGUGAUUUGGAUAGAAAUGGGUUUCGCCAUUUACAAUCUCUCUGUGUACAAAACAAUGCUGAAAUCAAAUGCAUAGCCAUGAGCUCUCGUGAUGAUCAUCAAAUUGAUGCUUUUCCCAACUUGGAGUCUUUGUCUCUCGACAAUGUAAGCAAUUUAAAGCACGUAUGUCAUGGUUCUCUAAGUGAAAAAUCUUUCUUCAAAAUAAGAGCCAUCAAAGUGCAGCAAUGCCAUGAAAUGACAUGUCUCUUCUCAGAGUCAAUGAUCAAAGGUCUUCCUCAUCUUGUUGAUUUAGAAGUUUCAGAGUGCAAACUCAUUAAGGCAAUUGUGAUUGGAGGAAAGAAGAGACCACAUAUAAUGUUUCCUCAAUUACGCUCUCUCACAUUACAAGGACUCCCUGCAUUAUUGAAUUUCUAUAUGUCUUCUUCUAACCAUCGACUCGGAGUUUUUUAUGACAAGAUUUCUUGUCCUAAUUUGGAGAGAAUGAUGAUUUCCAAGGUUAUCAAACCUGAAUACAUAGUCACCACAGGUUGUUCUUUGAAGCUAAAGAACUUCAGUGAAGGAGAUUUUCUUUUUGUCCAGUCUAUCGUCAAAAUUAACAAGUAUCCAAUUGAUUUGUUUAACUCUAUUUCAGCUUCCAAAUUUGGAAUGGAUGUUGAAUUUCCUGAAAUGGUCAAAAUGCACCUUGAAGACUUGCCAUCAUUAAUGGGAAUUAUCGAUGAUGGCUAUGUUGAAUUGUCAUCUUUGGAGGAUGUAAUCGUUAACCACUGCCCCAAAUUGCUUAAAUUUGGUUUGGGAAAGAUAGAAAGGUCACAGUUGAAGUCAAUGAUGAUAGACAAUCAAGAUCAAAUUCACAAUGAUGCUCAAAUUGGUCAAUUUUUUUACAUAUUGGAAUUGGUAUUAAUGCAAUUACCUGACAUGGUGGACAUAUGGAAUAGUGAUAGCUCCUUUUACAUUAGGCUCUAUAAUUUGAGAAAGAUACACAUCAAGAGUUGCCCCUCUCUGAUGGAAGUCUUUCCUAAGUUCGUUGCUGAGCUCCCCCGACUGAAUGAAUUGAAGAUUGAAGAAUGUGGGAAGUUAACACAAGUUUUUCAACAUGAUUAUUAUCAUAUUGAAUUCCUAGCAUUGAGCAAGGUGGAGCUUAUGUACCUCCCAGACUUAAUUAUGUUCCAUCCCAACAAUAAGGAUGCACGAUUCCCAGUUUUAAAAACAUUGGUGAUAGAAAAAUGUCCUAAGUUGGAAAUAUUCACCCAUGGACUUGCAACUGCAUGUGAUUUGCCUAUAGAUGACCUUGAUCCUUUCUUUGAGUUAGAUGAACUCAAGUUGGAUACUUGCCACAAGUUGGUUUAUGUCAUUUCCUCUAAGAUGAUACAAGAGUUUCCAAAAUUGACGAAACUCACUGUAAGUCAUUGUAACUCAUUGAAAAUUAUAUUCCGCAUCAUAAAGGAAAUAUCAUAUUCUACAGAGCUUUUGCAGCAGCUAACUGAAUUGACUUUAAUUGACCUACCCAAUUUGACUCACAUCAUCAACAAAGAAAUUAUCAAGUGCUACAAAAAUCUCCAAAUCCUUGUAGUGAAGCAGUGCAAGUCUCUUAAAUCACUACAAGCCUCUCUAUUGCUAACAAAUAUGCAAGUUUCGGAUUGUGAGUCCUUGGAGAAAAUUAUCAUGAUGGAUGAAGGACAAGAAAUGGGAGAGAAUAAGACCUCCUUUCCUCAGUUGAAGUAUGUUUCUCUUGAAGAUCUAACAAAGCUCACCACCGUAUUUCCGUCUACACCUCAAUUUCCAUCCUUGGAAACAUUGAUAAUCAAAAAUUGUCCUGCUCUCAUCACUUUUGUUUAUCAGUCCAAUGAGCAGAAGGAUCAUCCAGAACUUGUUACUUCAAACUAUUUCUUCCCAAAGUCUCUAUCAUUGGACAAGCUGAAAGUACUUUGUAUAAUAAACCAAGAUGUUGAGAAACUCUGGCACUACACUUGUCCCCCAGAAUCAUUUUGUAAACUGGAAAAUCUAACUUUGAAGAACAACAAAUUGUUGAAUGUCAUCAAAUACAACAUGAUCAAAAGAUAUGACAAUCUAAAAUUUAUGACUGUGGACAAAUGCGAAUUAAUAACAGAGGUUGAAAGAUCCAACAGUGAAAACAGAAAUGCAAGCUUGAAAGAGCUAACAAACUUGCAUCACUUGGCUUAUAUAGAAGACUUGUUUAUUGCUGAUCCUCAAGCAUGGCCAAUGGACCAGAACUUUGAAAAACUUAAAUCAUACACGAUUUUCAUUGGGGAUAGGUGGGUUGAGACCCAUAAUGGUGAUCAUAAGUUAAAACUAUUGAAACUCAAGCUCAACCGAAGGUUGCAAUUGGAGGAUGGGAUUAAAGGGAUGGUGAAAAAUGUUGAAGUCUUACACUUAGAUAAACUUAAUGGUGUCCAAAAUGUUCUCCGUGAUUUGGAUAGUGAUGGGUUUUGCCAUCUACAAUCUCUCUAUGUACAAAACAAUGCUGAAAUCAUAUGCAUAGCUACGAGCUCUAGUGAUGAUCAUCACAUUGAUGCUUUCCCCAACUUAGAGUCUUUGUCUCUGAAAAACGUAGGCAAUUUGGAGUGUAUAUGCCAUGGUCCUCUAAAUGAAAAAUCAUUAUUGAAAAUAAAAGUCAUCAAAGUACAGCAAUGCCAUAAAAUAAAAUGUCUCUUCUCAGAGUCAAUGAUCGAAGGUCUUCCUCAUCUUGUUGAUUUACAAGUUUCAGAGUGCAAACUCGUUAAAGCAAUUGUGAUUGGAGGAGAGGAGAGAAUAGUGUUUCCUCAAUUACGCUCUCUAACAUUACAAGCACUCCCUGCAUUAUUAAAUUUCUAUAUGUCUUCUUUUUACAUUAAACUCGCACUUUUUGAUGAUAAGAUUUCUUGUCCUAAUUUGGAGAAAAUGGUGAUUUCCAAGGUCAGUAAUUUAGAAGAUAUAUGGGAUUUUCCAUACGAUGAUGCAAAUUCAUUUUGGAAGCUGAAGAACAUAUACAUCGAAGAUUGUCAGAAUCUGAGGACCAUUUUUACUCUUCCGUUUUCCACAAAUCUUCAAUAUUUGAAGACUUUAGUCGUCAAAAAUUGCAGUUCAGUGGAAGAGAUUUUCCUUUUGAAUGAUGAGGACAGUCGAUUUGGAAAAUUAAAAAAACUAAUUGAAAUGCAUAAAGCUUUUGUUAAGGAUGAGAUUGUAGCAACUUACUUAACACAAAAGGACAAAGAGGAUAAGCAUUGA